AUGAGCUUGGAUAUGGUUAUGACUGAUUGUGGUACUAUGCCUUACUUGAGAGGCUGCUUCUUUGAUAUUGGUUCAAGAUGUGCAUUGAGCCUUGCUAAUGUGCGCUUUCAUUUUGAAUUUGAGCCAUACCAAAUCAAUCCUCAAACUGACUUGGCAGUUAUUAAACCGGAGAUGAUGAAGCCUUAUGUCUGGCUUCAGACUUCAGAUGAUUCAAUCCAACAAGUGGAACAAGAAAUUGCAAUGUUUUGCCCACUGAUAUGUCAAGAAAUAAUACAAAAAGGCAUGGGAUCUUCCAAGAAUUGUGCAAUAUGUCUUCCUCAACAAGUCAGUCCUGCCAUGUUGAGCUUAAUUCUUGAUUAUUGUCGUUUUCAUCAAGUACCAGGCCGCUCAAACAAGGAACGCAAAUCUUAUGAUGAGAAAUUUGUUAGAAUAGACACAGAGAGGCUGUGUGAGUUGACCUCUGCUGCAGACAGCCUUCAGUUAAAACCGUUGGUCGAUCUCACAAGCCGUGCACUUGCUCGAAUAAUUGAAGGGAAAACGCCAGAGGAGAUACGUGAUAUAUUUCAUUUGCCUGAUGAUCUUACAGAGGAAGAAAAGUUGGAGCCACUAAGAAAUAUAACUGCCGACCCAAGGAUCAGGCUUUUGAACCGUUUGUAUGCCAAAAAGAGAAAAGAACUAAAAGAGCGGGAAAGGUCAAAGAAUUCUGAAGUUGAAGAACAUGUGGAUGAUCGUUCAGUUGAUGACCUAUUGUCAUUUAUUAAUGGAAAUGAUGGAGAUCCAAAGGGAGUUAAAACUUCAAAGAAUAAAAAGAAGAACCGGAGAAAAAAAGAGCAACAGAAGAACUCUUCUUUGAAGGAGGUAUCUGAACUGAACAAAAAGGAGAUAAAUGGUCAUGAUAUUAGACCCCGAAGUUCUGAAGCCGAGAGCAUUAGUGAGACCUCAAAUUUACACAAUGCAGAAGAUGAUACUUCUAAUCCUACGCCUGAGUUUGAUGACGGUUAUAUAGAUGAUGAGAUUGAUCCCGCCUUAAAGGAAAAACUGGACAGGUGGGAUUAUUUCCUGACUGAAUUCGCAUUGCUGAAUAGAUCUUAUAUGAACUAUUGCAUGCCAGAGGAAAAGGCUGUGGAAUGA